AUGGCCCAAAAUGUGAAUGUAAGGCCAGCUUACCAGGAAAUAGAUGGUUUUAUAUUACCAAGGUCUUUUUCUUCCAACUGCUUUCGGGGAACCCUCACGUAUAAAGCAAGGGAUGACGACAUAUUUAUCGUCACAUUUCCAAAAUGUGGAACUACAUGGGUCCAGCAUAUUGUUCAUAAUAUUUUACAUAAAGGGAAAUCAUUCGAAAGUUUCCAAGAUUUUCAGAGAUAUUCUCCUUUUAUGGAAAUGACUGGCCCGGAAGCAGCGGUUCGAAUGCCUCGUCCUGGAGCAAUCAAAACUCAUUUGCCCUUUCAUUUAAACCCAUAUUCCCCUAAAGCAAAGUACAUAUAUGUAGCUAGGAACCCGAAAGACACUUGUGUGUCAUUUUAUUACCACACGAAGAUGAUCCCGCCAUACGAAUUCGCAAAUGGCACGUUUGACGAAUACUUCAAUAUUUUCAUCAACGGUGAAAACUAUUUUGGAGAUUAUUUUGAUCAUCUGUUGUCAUGGUAUGAACACCGAAACGACUCUAACGUCUUGUUCAUCACAUACGAAGACAUGAAGAUCGACAAGCGAGGUGCAAUCUUAAAGAUCGCCAGUUUUCUUGGUAAGGAGUAUGAAGACAUGUUGCUAACAGAUGAGAAGCUGAUGGAGAAAAUACUUUUUCAAACAAGUGUCGAAUAUAUGAAAAAAUAUGCAAAUGAUCAUAUGCAUAGCUUUUUAAGUGGGAAAAGUGAAGAUGUAGAGAAAAAUCCAUACAUUCCCGAAGGAAUCCAGCAUAUCAAUCAAUAUAUGAAAAACAAUAAUAUUAAACCUCCUGAAGAGGUCAACUUUGUUCGAAAAGCAGUAGUGGGAGAUUGGAAAAACCAUUUUACUCCUGAACAGUCUAGGAUAUUAAAAGAAAAAUUCCAAGAGAAAACUAAGGGAACAGAUAUCUCUAAUCUGUGGCCUAACUUACAUGAAGAUGUGAAAGAUGACACAAUUAUAUGA